AUGGUGUAAAAUAAUGUGAAAUUUUAGGUUGCUUUAAUUUUUGGCUUCUAUGGUGGUAGUCGAUAUUGUGAAUUAGUUAAUCUUAGAGUUGGAGAUGUCCUAGAUCUUGGUGGAAUUAUUAAAGUUGUAUUGAAGGAUACAAUGAAAAAAACUGAAAGGAGUUUUAUUAUUGAAGGAGAAUUAGUUGGAGUUGUUAAUGCUUAUCAAGCACUCAGGCCAAGAAAUUCAACGUCAGAUCGUUUCUUCCUGACUUACAGAAAAGGCAAAUGUAUAAAUCAACCUCUUGGAAAAAAUAGACUUGGUUGUAUGCCCAGAGAAAUAGCCAAAUUUCUUAAGUUGAAAAAUCCGGACGAAUAUACUGGUCAUUGUUUUCGGAGAUCGUCGGCAAUACUGUGUGCCGUUCGAGGUAUUACUAUGACAGACUUGAGCUUACGGGGGUGGAAGUCGACGAGAGUAACAGAAGGUUAUAUUGGAAAGUCAAUUAGGCAUAAGAUGAAGACGAGGAAACGAAUAACAAAAGUCAUUGGAGAAACAUCAUGCGAUGAAUUGAGUUCAGGAUCAGCACCGCUGGAAAAAUUGGAAGUAGACGCAGUAUCAUUACAAUCAGCUGAAAAUGUAUCCAAUGCUUCAAGUGUAUAUGUGUCUAAUGUAAGUUGUUAUCAAACAGAGACAGAUUUUCUGUAAAUAUUUUGAA